AUGGCCUACUCAGCUUUUUCAGCUUAUACGCAACAGGCCGUGAAUGACUCCCCGAUACCCCCGUCCUGCAUCUACAAUCUGCCAUCGCAACCUGCGGGCCCAGGUUUUCUCAGCAGCAAACCAUCCGGCACUGGAGGCCGGAUCGGAUUUCGUGUCGACCACUCAGCCUGCGGGACAGGAACCAAAUACACGAAUGGCUUAUACCCUCGUCUGUACGAUGAGGAAACUGCCCGUACGCCACCUACCCUCUCAUUGGCACAUCACCAUCUUCUCUGGAAAUCUCGCCUCGCAGGACCAUUUGUGAGCAUCUGGAGAUCUUGGACCCGAGCUCUACGAUGGGCUCGAUACCUCCAGAAGAAGGGCUGUACGGAGAUUAUGGUUCACAUCAUCGAUCUUGAUGCCAUCCCACCAGAGAACACAAUCUACGAUGCAAAUCUGAUUGUGCAAGAACUCCAUCGUCGCGACCGAGCAAGAGACCUCGACGUCAAGAACCAUUGGGAAGAAUUACUGAUCCUGAAUGGCGUGCACGAAAGUGUCGGAGCAGUGAUCGGAAGUCUACCUGCGGGGAGCGAUAAUACAAAAAUACCAUCAAACUUUGCCAACGUGUUGGUGCCGAGAGAAGUUUACGACAUUGUUGUGGACAUCUGGGAGAAAGCCGCAUCGAUGAGUGAAGAAGCGCACAGACUGCAACAAGAGCAGCAGCAAGAGCAGGAGGAAAGCUACGCUUCCCCCGCCUCCUCAGCCGCCACGACUGCUGUCCCAAUGGGCUACACUUCUGCAAUGACAGCCACUCACGACUGGGCAGAGUCUCAUUGCGGCUACUACACCCCUUCCGCGUACUCCUCUUCUCCAUCUUCUACAGCGGGAUCCCCAACGACGCCCUCUCUGUCACACUCACAUACACUGAGCGACAGCAGCACGUCGACACUCUUUUCGCGAAGGACAUAUUCCGUUUCAUCGUCGACCCUAUCCGAAGAGGGCGAGAUCGCCGAAGACAACGAUGAUCAGGUUGAUUCUUCGCAUGCGUCUUCUGCGUCGCCAGAUAAUUCUGUGGCCAAAACACCAGAGUCAGCUCACGCUGCCGCCGCCAACCCCAAUGUUGCCAAUGGGCAGCAGCAAAAAGAUGUUUUCGGCCGUCCUCCGCCUCCUCCUGCAGUGUCGACGUUGUUCGACACGCUUCUCUCCCGCUUGUACACUGAUAUGCACCUCCGCAGAGGCUACGUGGACUCCUUGAAGUUGAUGGAAUUGGUGAUUGCAAUGUGCACGGACUUCACCUCAGCUUCGUCCACAUCCUCAACUUCUUGCGCAUCUGCGGACCACGCUUCUCAUCCUAAAACCACGACAAUGGCUCCAAAGCUCAACGGCGCUAUGCCGCCUUGGAGACAACAUAACGAAGUAUGUAUUGCGGAUGUAGAGGAGAGGAAGAGGAAGGAUUCAGUGUGGACGAAUGCCUCGUCGUACGCUUAUUUGCCUGCGCAGGGGAGGGGCAGUGUUGUUGGCUGA